AUGAGUGCUGGACGGGCAUCUGAGGGAGCGGGCUGCAUCACUUGGUGGGGCUUCAGUCCUGCGCGUGACCUGCUUAGUACAGGCCCUGUGAGACUCGAAGGGGACGUCAAUGUUUUACUAGUUGGCAGCGGAGAUCCACGACAUAUUUUGAAGACCAUUGCUGGUUUGCCGAAGGAUAAGAGCCUUCAUGUGUGGGUGAUAGAAAACAGCAUGGAGGUGGUGGCUAGACAGCUGCUGCUCCUCUACGUGGCACUGAUGCCAAAGGAAAGCAUGGGAAAUAACGAGAAGACAGAGGUUUUCCUGGAGGUGUUUGGGAACGGUGAGAUCCGCAGUCAGACAGAAGAGACACUGAGACGUGCAGCAUCGCAGCUCUCUCUGUGUGUGACUGAAACACUGGAGACAGCCACACACUCCUGUCUGAACACAACUCUUCUCAAGUUCAAGGAGCGAGAUGAGCUGGCCAGGAUCUUCAAGUUGUGGAUCCAGCCUCGGCCUUCAUCAUCCUCAUCUGAGCGUGCUGCCCCUAUCUUAAUGUCCAAAGCCUGGGAUUAUCGGGUCAGGCAGCACCUUGGAACACGCUACGACUCCAAGAAGAGCUGCUUUGACUGGGACCUUACAAUGAAACUGCACUGAGAAAGGGGUAUUUGAAUAUUUUAUUGUGGUGUCAUCAACAAACAACAAUAUGCGCAAUGGAGGGAGCGGGGUUUGGCGUUUGAAAUGAGGGAAGGUGUCUACCAAAUAACCAAUCCAAGUCUGCUCUCUUCCAGAGUGUUCAGUCAGAAAGGGAACAAAGUGGCUGUCAGGGGCUACUGGGGAGACAUUGUUUCCAGUCCUUACCUCUCCUUUGGCAUUGAAACUAAUGACACCAGCCUGCUGAAGACACAGAAUGGGCAACACAUCAAGACAGCCCAAGAUAUCUCCUUUGCGAAUGUACAGGAAUUAUUCCAGUUGCUGUCCAGUAGACGGGGCUGCCCCACCACUUCUCAUUCAGACGCAGACGAGUCGUUCCCAGAGGCUGAGAGAAAAUCUGUCACCAUUAACGACUUGAUGCGUCUGAGUGGGAUCUCUGUGACCUUCCUGCCGAUGGACUCACUUAACAAACUGCCAGAAAAACAGAAAUACUCCCACUUCUUUGACACCAUCUACUUCUCUGCCAGCUGCGUACACCAGUUGGGCCCGACAGUGAGACAGAUUGCAGCACCAGACGCUGUCCUUGUCGUGGAGUUGGCCAAGUACAUUUUGGAUGUGAACAAAGAGCAAGAAGCAGGCUUUGCAAAAAAAGUGGUGAGCGUCGCUCUGGAGGCUGAAUUUGAGCCGUGGCCUGAGGGGAGGAGUGAUGACGUCCUUGCUGUUUUCAUACCACAGAAGAAGUAAAGGUGGUUCGUUUACUCUGCUCCCAUUUUCAGC